AUGGCAAUUGAUGAUGGGAUACCAGACUCAUUGGAUGAGAUUAAUCUUCGUGUUAAUCAAACAGCAGAUGAAUCACUUGAAGCAACACGACGUAUGUUAGCAUUAUGUGAAGAAAGUAAAGAAGCUGGUAUCAAAACAUUAGUAAUGUUAGAUGACCAAGGUGAACAAUUAGAAAGAGUUGAAGGAAAUUUAGAUACUAUUAAUCAAGAUAUGAAAGAAGCUGAAGAACAUCUUAAAGGUAUGGAAAAAUGUUGUGGAUUAUGUGUUUUACCCUGGAAUCGUAAUGAUGAUUUUGAAAAAAAUUCUGAAUAUGCUAAAGCAUGGAAAAAGGAUGAUGAUGGUGGUGUAAUAAGUGAUCAACCAAGAAUAACAGUUGGUGACACUGGAAUGGGUCCUCAGGGAGGAUAUAUAACUAGAAUUACAAAUGAUGCUAGAGAAGAUGAGAUGGAUGAAAAUAUACAACAAGUUUCAACAAUGGUUGGUAAUUUACGAAAUAUGGCAAUUGAUAUGAGUACUGAAGUAUCUAAUCAAAAUAGGCAGUUAGAUAGAAUACAAGAGAAGGCUCAAUCAAAUGAAGUUCGUGUUGAAUCAGCUAAUAAGCGUGCUAAUAAACUUAUUACUAAAUAA